UAUUCGUGUCAAUGGGAAAGUAAGAGGCGUCCGGUUCGCGUAUGGUCCAACCGAGCAGACCCUCCGCAAGCGACCCUCCGGCUGCCCUGCACACAGGCGCCAGGCUUAUUACUCCCGAACCACGACUGAUCGUCCAAGAGGGGCAGCAGAGCUUCUGAGACGAAGGAAUGCCUCGCUACACAAGGCUGUAGAUUAACCGUAGGGAUGAUGCCUUUUGCCCAGCCACAGGAUUCCUGGCACAAAAUGGAGGUGCAUAGCGUUAGUAGUGAGGUCAAUGGGCAUCAGAUCACGGAUGAGCCAAUGGAAGAGGGAGAGUCCUUCACGCACUGUGAUGAAGGGUCCUAUAAGGAGAUCCCCAUAACUCAUCAUGUGAAGGAGGGCUGUGAGAAGGCCGACCCUUCCCAGUUCGAGCUACUGAAGGUCCUGGGCCAAGGCUCGUUCGGAAAGGUGUUCCUGGUGCGGAAGAUAAUGGGCCCUGAUGCUGGUCAGCUAUAUGCAAUGAAGGUCCUUAAAAAGGCAUCUUUAAAAGUGAGGGACAGGGUUCGCACAAAGAUGGAACGUGAUAUUCUGGUGGAAGUGAAUCAUCCCUUCAUUGUAAAGUUGCACUAUGCCUUUCAGACAGAAGGGAAGCUCUAUUUAAUUUUGGAUUUUCUCAGGGGUGGAGAUGUAUUUACUCGCUUAUCCAAAGAGGUUAUGUUUACAGAGGAGGAUGUGAAAUUCUACCUUGCAGAGCUGGCCCUUGCAUUGGAUCACCUUCACAACCUAGGCAUUGUUUACAGAGACCUGAAGCCUGAAAACAUUUUACUUGAUGAAGCUGGACAUAUCAAGUUAACAGACUUUGGGCUCAGUAAAGAAUCAGUAGACCAGGAUAGAAAAGCUUACUCUUUUUGUGGCACUGUGGAAUAUAUGGCCCCUGAGGUGGUCAACAGAAGAGGACACACACAGAGUGCUGACUGGUGGUCUCUUGGCGUUCUGAUGUUUGAAAUGCUGACAGGGACGUUACCAUUUCAAGGAAAAGACCGGAAUGAGACUAUGAACAUGAUUCUCAAAGCUAAGCUGGGAAUGCCGCAGUUUUUAAGUUUGGAGGCACAGAGUCUUUUACGAAUGCUUUUCAAAAGAAACCCAGCAAAUCGUUUAGGAGCGGGUCCAGAUGGAGUAGAGGAGAUCAAACGGCAUGCCUUUUUCUCUACCAUAGACUGGAACAAACUCUACCGACGAGAACUUCAGCCUCCAUUCAAACCAGCAGCGGGAAAACCGGAUGACACAUUCUGUUUUGACCCUGAGUUCACAGCCAAAACUCCAAAGGACUCUCCAGGCAUUCCUCCCAGUGCAAACGCACACCAGCUCUUCAAAGGCUUCAGCUUUGUAGCACCGGCCUCCCUGGAGGAAAGCAAGAGUUCUCCUCUAGUCAACAUCCUCCCCAUCGUGCAGAUGCACAGUGGAACUGCACAGUUCUCUGAUGUGUAUGAACUGAAGGAGGACAUUGGCGUGGGCUCCUACUCCAUAUGCAAACGCUGCAUCCACAGAGUCACCACCAUGGAGUUUGCUGUCAAGAUUAUUGACAAAAGCAAGCGGGACCCAUCGGAGGAAAUAGAGAUUCUCAUGCGGUACGGGCAGCACCCAAACAUCAUCACACUGAAAGAUGUGUACGACGAGGGGAGAUUUGUUUAUCUGGUGACAGAGUUGAUGAAGGGAGGGGAGCUGCUGGAUAGGAUUCUCAGGCAGAAGUUCUUCUCAGAACGAGAGGCUAGUGCUGUCCUCUACACCAUCACCAAAACAGUGGACUACCUGCAUUGCCAAGGGGUGGUUCACAGGGACCUAAAGCCCAGCAACAUUCUCUACAUGGAUGAUUCAGGGAACCCCGAUUCGAUCAGAAUCUGCGACUUUGGUUUUGCCAAGCAGCUGAGAGGAGACAACGGCCUGCUGCUCACACCCUGCUACACUGCCAACUUUGUGGCGCCUGAGGUACUUAUGCGGCAGGGUUAUGAUGCAGCAUGUGACAUCUGGAGUCUGGGAGUUCUUCUAUACACAAUGCUGGCUGGGUACACCCCCUUUGCUAAUGGACCUAACGAUACCCCCGAAGAGAUUUUGUUGCGUAUCGGCAGUGGCAAGUUCUCCCUCAGCGGAGGCAACUGGGACACAGUGUCCGACUCCUCAAAGGAUCUUUUGUCUCACAUGCUUCACGUGGACCCACAUCAGCGUUAUUCUGCGGAGCAGGUGCUGAAACACUCGUGGAUCGCCUGCCGGGACCAGCUCCCCCACUUUCAGCUUACCCGGCAUGACGCACCUCAUUUGGUCAAGGGAGCAAUGGCCGCCACAUACUCUGCGCUGAACCAUAAGACAUGUCAGCCAGUCCUGGAACCCGUGGCAGCUUCCAGUUUGGCCCAGCGCAGAAGCAUGAAGAAACUGACUUCCACAGACAUGUCGUGAACAGAGCAGUGUUAACUUCACUGUGCCCCCCCCAUCCUCUUUCUGUCUAUUUAUUUACAUUUUCUCCUGUCCCCACCAGCUCCAAUGUUUUGGCAUUUACCCUGAGCUCCUGCUCCCUGUAAUUGGACCUCAAGACACCAUGCUUUCACAUCAGGGAGGCUGUUUAGCGAGUCGAGAGACUGAGAGACCUCGCGAAAAAUGGCUGAAAUUCAAAUCUAGACAGCUGCAGGGGCUGCAAUGACUAUUCUUCUCUUUUGUUUUUUCUCCCUCUUUUCCCUCUUAUGCAUUCCCUGAAUCUGUCUUUUCUGUCUUCUUUCUCCCUCUCCCCCUUUUUCCCGCGGAGUAAGAAAAAAGCACCAGCGCCUAUUCUCAUUCACUGUGACUGGCCGACCUGAAGCUGCUUUAAGUAAACUGUGUUCCACCUUCUUUUCCCAGUUCAGUAAGCAUGUUGCUCGUUCUCCACUCCUCCCCUCCUCCUCUCGCUCAACCCACGCUUUAGGAAUUCCCUUCUCCUGUCUCUUGACAAUUUAUCACCUGGGCUCACCGCCUGGGGAAGGAGCGGGUGGAAGACUCCGGUUUUAAGCCACUUAGCAUGCCGCUGAAGGAAUCGUAUCAGCGUCGGCAGGGGAUGAGCCUCGAGUCUGAACCCGUCUGACGUUACCUCAAGAAGCUCAAGAGCGCCGAGCGGAGGCUUCUUUAAGCUUAGAGAGCGUGUGUGUAGAAUUCAGCACCAGAGAGAUCGUCAGACACACCUGCCAGCUCUCGUCGGACCUGAUCAAUCCUCGUCUUGUCGAAUAUAUUUAAGCACAUUUGCACUGAGGCUCGGCAGGUUGUUGCUUUCGCUCUAUGCUCUAUUAUUUUCUCCCCUACCCCACUUUUUUCUGUGCACUUCGGACCGCCUUUAAAAUUAUUUUUUUGUGUUGGAUGAAAAUAAGCUAAAGGUAAAAAAAACAAACAAACAAAAAACUAUCAAAGGUCAAUGAAUGUGGACUAGACUUCAUAGUGUUGGGGCACUCUUUGGAUCCAGUGUUAGGGCAGAGGACUGGACUGCGAGCCAAGGACUCAUGGGAUUGGGGAAGGGAACCCUCUGCUCCAAGAGCGGCUGGAUUGAAAAAAAUUAUAUAUAUAAAUAUAUAUAUAUCAUUUCCAUAAAUAUCUCUACAAAGACAUUGUGGAAAUUGUAUCAUAUUGUAUUUAUUUCAUUUAAUUUUUAAAAUUCUAUUUUUCUUUCAGGUUCUGUAUAUAUUGACAUUAAAGAUCAUUAUUGACAUGCA